ACUGCUGGCGCAGCCGUUGUAAAGCUUUGUUCUGCAAAGCCCUUCUCGUACCAUGGAGCUCAGAUUAAUUUUCUACAACCAGCUUUGUUCAGGGAGAGAUGGAAUCGCUAAGAAUAUAAAUCUGUUGGCUCCUCCUACUGCACCCCAUGUUUUUGCCAGCAUACGCGUUCCAUCUCCUUUUGUUUGUAGGCAUUUGCUGUAUUUUUAAGGUUUUGACGUAUCUCCCAGCAAUGCCGGUCUGUCUCCUGGCAGUUCUCAUGGAGCUGUCGGUAUUUCUGCUGGUCGAGGCUUUCGGGACCGCUACCGCACGGGUCGCCGUUCAGAGGCAAUUUCACGGACCGAAGGCGAAAAUACCGAUCGCCGCGGAAUAAAGUUUCCCCCUUUUCCUCUUAUACCCUCCCCCGGUGCUCAGCGAGGGAAGGGACCUGCGCACGCCACCGAGAAGCCUCGCCCGAUAACUCACCGUGUCGCUCGUGGAGAAGAUGCAAGCUCAGGAAAUCCUGCGGAGCCUGCGGCUCCCUGAGUUCGAUGACCUCAGCCAGUUCUUCCGCAACCUGCCUGCCACCGCGCUGGUGGGCAUCGGUGCCUUCGCUGCCGUCGUCGCCUACUGGUUUGCCAGUCGGCCCAAGGCUGUGAAGCCGCCCUGUGAUCUGCGCAUGCAGUCGGAGGAGGUCGAGGGCCUGGAUGGGGCACGCCGCUCAGUCAUCGGGGACAGCCCGCAGCUGCUGACACAUUACUACGAUGAUGCCAGGACCAUGUAUGAGGUCUUUCGGAGGGGGUUCAGCAUCUCUGAGAACGGCCCCUGUCUGGGCUUCAGGAAGCCCAAGCAGCCCUACCAGUGGCUGUCAUACAAAGAGGUGGCUGAAAGAGCAGAAGCUCUGGGCUCGGGGCUGCUGCAGCAGGGCUGCAAGCCAUGCACAGAGCAGUUCAUUGGGGUCUUUGCCCAAAACCGCCCAGAGUGGAUCAUUUCCGAGCUGGCCUGCUAUACCUACUCCAUGGUGGUGGUGCCCCUCUACGACACCUUGGGUCCUGGAGCCAUCCGGUACAUCGUCAACACAGCGGACAUUUCCACAGUCAUUUGUGACAAGCCUGACAAAGCCAGGACGUUGCUGGACCACGUGGAGAGGAGGGAAACGCCGGGGCUGAGCUCCAUCAUCCUGAUGGACCCCUUUGAGAAGGAGCUGACAGAGAGGGGAAGGCGCUGCGGGGUCCGCAUUCAGAGCAUGCAGGAGGUGGAGGACUGUGGCCGGGAGAACCGACGUGCGCCUGUGCCUCCCCGGCCAGAAGAUCUCUCGAUUGUCUGUUUCACCAGUGGCACUACAGGAAACCCCAAAGGUGCUAUGCUGACACAUGGGAACGUGGUGGCUGACUUUUCAGGCUUUUUGAAAGUGACAGAGAAAGUGAUCUUUCCGAGACAGGACGAUGUGCUCAUCUCCUUCCUGCCUCUGGCUCACAUGUUUGAGAGAGUGAUCCAGUCUGUAGUGUACUGCCACGGAGGGCGAAUCGGCUUCUUCCAAGGCGACAUCCGCCUGCUGUCCGAUGACAUGAAGGCACUGCGCCCCACCAUCUUCCCUGUCGUGCCGCGCCUGCUGAACAGGAUGUAUGACAAGAUCUUCAGCCAGGCGGACACCUCCCUGAAGCGCUGGGUGCUGGAGUUCGCCGCCAGGAGGAAAAAGGCUGAGGUUCGGAAUGGGAUCAUCAGAAACGACAGCCUGUGGGACAAGCUCUUCUUUAACAAAAUACAGGCGAGCCUCGGUGGGUGCGUCCGCAUGAUAGUGACGGGUGCUGCCCCAGCCUCUCCGACUGUCCUGGGCUUCCUGCGGGCGGCCCUGGGCUGCCAGGUAUACGAGGGGUACGGGCAGACGGAGUGCACGGCGGGCUGCACCUUCACCACCCCCGGGGACUGGACCUCAGGUCAUGUGGGAGCCCCUCUGCCCUGCAACUUAAUCAAACUGAAGGACGCGGAGGAGCUGAAUUAUUUUGCUUCUAAAGGAGAAGGAGAGAUAUGUGUGAAAGGACCGAACGUUUUCAAGGGUUAUCUGAAAGAUGAGGAGAGGACAAGCGAAGCACUGGACCAGGAGGGCUGGCUGCACACCGGAGACAUUGGGAAGUGGUUACCUAAUGGGACUCUCAAAAUCAUUGAUCGGAAAAAGCAUAUAUUUAAACUUGCUCAGGGAGAAUACAUUGCACCGGAGAAGAUAGAGAACAUCUACAUCCGCAGUGACCCCGUGGCCCAGGUCUACGUCCAUGGAGACAGCCUGCAGGCCUUCCUGGUGGGAAUCGUGGUGCCGGAUGCUGAAGCGAUGCCAGGCUGGGCAAAGAAGAGAGGGUUUGAUGGAACGUAUGAAGAGCUCUGUAGAAAUAAGGAACUGCAGAAGGCAAUAAUGGAAGACAUGGUACGGUUAGGGAAGGAGAGCGGGCUUCAUUCCUUUGAGCAGGUCAAAGCCAUUCACAUCCACUCCGAUAUGUUCUCAGUACAGAACGGUUUGUUGACGCCGACGUUAAAAGCCAAGAGACCAGAACUGAGAGAUUACUUCAAAAAACAGAUAGAAGAGCUAUAUUCCAGCAUCUCCAUCUGAAACCAGAGGAAGAACCUUCCGAGUAACGGACUUUGUAGCAAUAUUAGGAUAACGCUCAGAAGUACAGAGCCAGAAUGACACAGCUGAAGCGGAUGAGCAUCUGAAUCUUAAGUUUGAGCCUUUUUUUGCUUUAGGAUUUCACCACUAACCAUCAUUUCCCUUUUCCCUCUGUUCUUCAUCAGGUGCGAUAUGGGUUUUACUCUAUGGACACGGUCGGGUACCACCAUGCUCAAUUGCCACAAAAUCUACAGCGAUUUCAAUCCAUGACCGAGUAAAUUAUGGAAAUUCAGUAAUAACUAUAAGCGUUUCAAGACUAACCUAGGGAAAGUUUCAGAUACGUCUGUUGAUAUUUGAUUGUAAAUAACCUACACAUUAGAGACUGAAAUUGUGGAUAAAUCAGCAAUGUGGUCUACCUCAAGCUAUCGGCGAUUGAUGGUGAAAGCCUAUGUUCCCUGAUCUGUAGCUUCAAGCUGGAUAUUGGUUUAUACACUAAGUGAUAGUUUUUAUAUUUUCCAGGAAUUAAAGCCCAUCAGUUUGACUUAAUCACUAACGACCUAACAGCCAGAAUAGAAACAAGAACAAAUCUCCUGGUACUUGUGUUCAAUAGGCCUCUCAGUGUAUGACACCUAAUGGACAACCACUGCUUGGGAUCCCAACAACGUGUUGGCAUGCUGCAGGGCAGGAGCCCCCAGCCCCCUCCAGCUGAGCCCAGCACUUCCUGCACGGCCAUUUCAGGUGGCCCGGCAGCCCAGGGAUGCUGCAGCACAGCAACACGAGGCCUGCAUGAGAGCCAGCUGUGUCUGGUCCCUGCUUUAUUACUCUGCAGUCUGGUUGAGUUGGUUCCCUUUUGCAAUAGCGCUUAGGGAAUGGAGCACGUGGUGUGAGCAGCGCUGAGCAACGUGGGUCUGACUGGAGAACAGCUGGCCUGGGAUGCAGCCAUGCUGGAGAAGAGGAGGAAACACUGCUCAAAGUGGCCAUGAGGACAGUUCUGGCCCCAAAGUGCUGUGGGGUAAUGCAUUGGCUGUGGUUGCCAGGAAAGCACCUCCAUGUGCAGAUGUUUGCAUCCAGCUAUCACCUGCAGUGACCUCUCUGCAAUAUGCAGCAAGUUUUGGGAGGAAACCUGGAUCUAUGAGCAGCCAUUGGAAGGGGCCGGGAAUGGAGGCUGGAGAGCAAACUGCCAAUAAAAGCACAGUGCAAAGCAGUGAGAAGCUAUGAGGUCAGGGAGUGUGAGCACUGGGGCUGCUAAACAGGGUCCUACAUCCACCUGUGUGCAUUACCAGCUGCUGUGUGCUGCACCAGCACCAUGGGGCUCUGCCUGCUAGACCUGUCUUGCUAGGGCAGUGAAGGAACACGUUUUCUCACCCAGAGGGUGGUGACGCACUGAACAGGUUGCCCAAGGAGGCUGUGGAUGCCCCAUCCCUGCAGGCAUUCAAGGCCAGGCUGGAUGUGGCUCUGGGCAGCCUGGUCUGCUGGUUGGCGACCCUGCACAUAGCAGGGGGUUGGAACAAGAUGAGCGUUGUGGUCCUUCUCAACCCAGGCCAUUCCACGAUUUUCUCUUAGGCUGGAAGCCACCGUAGACUCUUGAAACUAAAAGAUAAAUUAUUAAUCUGAAAUCUCUCUCAUUUCCCCUCUGAAAUCCCAUUGCAUGCUUUAAAAAUUAAAUAAAUUGAAUUGAUGAGUUAGUUUUACACAGAGGCUGAUUUAUGGCAGUCAUUUCAGAACAAAGAGAAAGGAAAUUGUUACCAUAAUCACUCAGGCACAGAACGAGGCGGUUUGAUCUAUUAAACGUGGGAGGGUUGGUCUGAAUCCCAUCUGUGCCUGAUUCUUCAUCAGAUUCCAACGUAAUGAUUCAUAUCUGUAGAAAGCAAGUAAGAAAACUCACUGCUGUGACCUGAUGGUGGACCUUCAUUUCUCAUCGCUGUACACAGCAAGAGCAUCCCUGGGGAGUCUGGGCGUGGGGUGUGCAGUAGCAGAGGCAGUCUGGCUCUUUAGGUCAGGUCAUGUAGGAGUCUCAUCUCGGAGGAGCGCAGCUCAUCCCAUCUGUGGAGCCCCAAAACAGUCAUCCCAUACAGAUGGUCCAGCACAGCGAUGGGCCUGGCACCAUUUCCUCUGUUCUUUUUGAAUGCCAACAAAUAUCUGCCACCUUAAGUACAGAAAAGUUGUUUUCUCCUGACCUGUUCCUGCCGCACAAAUUUAGCUCCCUUUUCUCCUGAGCUGACCGAUGUACCAGGUUCAUCUGACCGCUGUGCUCUGGCUCCCGAUGUGAGUUAACUUCUGGCUUGGAAGGCCGAUGUUGUGAAGUACGGGGUGCUGCUUUGUUACCGAACAGUGCAUCUCUUUUUGGUAUCUGAUGCAAAAGAUUGGAUGCACCACAGCCAAUGAUACGGACACCAAGAACAAAAAGGACCAUAACAGAAUGAUGCAAAAUUUGGGAGAAAUCUGGGGGAAAUUCAGCCCUGAAGCGUGAAUAUUUUCAGAACUUGUGAAAAGCCGUAUGAAUAAAUCAGAGCUGCCUCUGUUGGUUUCUCAUGUGAUCAGAUACUCCUCUGCAGGUGACUCUCCAGAAGCGUAACAAACGCUAUGAGAGCUUACAGGUUGCCACGAGCACAUGAGUAAGGCAUGAGCCAGGCAGAAACGCUCCUCCCCAACUUGCAGCAGGGUUUGUUUUGCUUUGAGCUCUCUCCAACCGCUGCCCUUCUUGUGAACAGCAGGGAAAACCCCAGGGUUGUCCACCAACCAGUUCAGCCUUUUCUCCUGAUAACCAACGUCAACACUCCUUUCUCAUACGUUCUUAUUGAAAGAGUCGGGACUCAGUGCUAUUGCGCAGAUGGCAAUGCAUGCUACGCUUCUCUGUAAACAGCGCUGUUCUUGAUGGCUUAAAGAUGACUGUUUAACUACUCAGUGUCACUGGGGCAUUAACUCUGCAACCUGACAAUAAAAGCCCAGUGAAUCUGGCACAGCUCUGUUGCUGCUGCAGGUGGGAUCCGUGCAAAAACACGCUUGCCCUGAGCAGCCACGUGUGACCGGGUAGUUUUACAGCCCCUUCCCCAAAGGCUAUGUGUGCUGCAGCCCGAUUUAUUGUGGUCUCUUAUGUAUCCAAAACGGGAGUUUCUUCCUGGGCCUGGUGCUAUGCCUGUCAGAUCGCUGGAACGCCGCCUCUGGUGAUCACAUAUGAAAAUCAGAAUAAAAUACUUCUUCCAGGAAGAGCAAAUUGCUUACUUAUAUAUUUUGUACGUCCUUUGCUUGGUAUACUGCACAGAAAAGACACACUCAAGUGUGAGCAGGAACCACGAGACAGCCUCAGUGCUGGCAGGAGAUGUGCAGAAAAGGCACGUGUGCAGGCUGACACGGCUCACAGCCCAGGUGAGGGCCGCUGGUUGUGGAUGCAGUUCUGUCCUCCCAUCUGUCGUCACUGUUACUACGGAUAUAUCAGCAUCAGCAAAGUCCAGUGUCCUUUCUGCCACGGUCACAGAUCUUGGCAUAGAACAGAACAGUCUGACCUAUCCAAUCUCCUGGGACAAAACAAGCUAAAGCAUUUGUUAUUUGAAGCACAAACUGGUGAUCUACAUGUAAAUACAUUGCUACAAGAUGAAUGUAUACUGGGAAAGAUUAUACUAUUUUUGCAUGGUAGCGGAUUAUUAAAGACCUCUCGAUGCCUUACGUACACGUUGGCAAAGCAUUUUAUUUAGAGGCAAUUCUCCCUGCGUACUUCUUCCUUCUUUAUCUCACUUUGGUUUCGCCUGUGGAAAAAAACAUCUACCAGAAUCAGGUCUCUGUUUGUUCUUGGAAUUAACUUCCUUCAGUACUUUGUGCGUUCGAUGGUCCCUACGCCACGUUUUCUCCCACUAAAUGGUGACACUGAGCCUAUUUGUUAUGGGGGAGAAAUCCACAUUCCUGGAUAACCGGAGGGAAACAGCUUCAGAUGUGUGGAAUUGUUCCAAACUAAAAUGUUUUGAGGCACCCAGAGUCCUUUUAAGCCCUUCGUUUCAGCUUUUGUUAUGCAUUUCAGCAAAGUAGAAGCAGCAAACAAGCGAUGCGUUCUGGGAGUGUUGCCUAUUUUGGAAGGGAAAGGAUGAGAAUAUAACAAACAUUUGUGUAGAAGAACCACACUGAUUUUUCCACGUUGGUACAUGGGACUGAACGUCAAAAAGUCACCAAUGGAAACCUUUGUAAAGAACGAAAUGGCCCCAUUUCUGAAGGCUCAUUGGAGCUCCUCAUGGGCUGGCAUACGGUAAAGGCUCUUUGUACGACCCAAUGUCUCUCCAGCACUCUGUCCUCACCAUCGGUCCGAAGUCGUUCAGAACGUGUGCCUAUAGGAAACGUGUCAUAAAAACCCAGUAAAAUAACAACCAAAGGAAUGCUGGAGCCUCACAUUGACUUUGGCAGUCAUCUACAAACGAAAACCACCCAACGUAAGCGUUGCAAAGUUCUCUGAAGACGCAGCAGUCUUUGUGUCAUGGUUUCACUUCUUAUUUAAAACCAAUAGCGGUACAACAAAGCGUGUGUGCUUGUUUCAUGUGAACUGGCUGCUGGGAAUGCACAGUGUGUUUUCAGACCGCGUGGCUCAAACAAUAAAGUCUAAAAGCUGUC